GGUAGAUCCUUUGUUUUGUAUCGCAAUUUCCUACACAUUUGUUUCUAAGUAUGUGCAAUCCCCUGGCAUGGAACCAUCGACAUUGGCGUUGUUAGUGGCGUGCUCUUAUCCACUGAGCUACAGGAAAACUUUAGGACAAAUUAAAUACUAUAGGAGUGAAUGGGGGAUAAGAUCUGUUUGGUUACAGACAUUCUUCCAAAUAUCUAUUUUUUAAAAAUAUUACACUUAUCACAGGUAGACUUAUUAUUCUAAAAACUUUAACUUAUGCCAAAUGGCUAAGUACUUUAAGAAAUUAUUCGGGACUUUUAUUUUGACAUCCUGCUGAACAACAACACUAAUCCUGCAAGUGCUGUAAACACACGAGCUAAUCGUUCGUGAAUUUGUUGUACAGUGUGAGAUGGAGGCGUUGUUAAAGCGCGAGCUGGGCACGUCUCUGUUGAAACGCGCUGGUCACUCGGGCGGAGGAUGCAUCAGUGAAGGCCAGAGCUAUGACACUGACACUGGAAGAGUGUUCGUCAAAAUCAACCACAAAAAUGAGGCUAGGAGGAUGUUUGAUGGAGAGAUGGCAAGCUUGGAAGCGAUCCUGUCAACAAACACAGUCAAAGUACCCAGACCUUUGAAGGUUGUGGACCUUGAGAGAAGCGGAGCUCUUCUUAUAAUGGAACAUGUGGAUAUGAGAAUCUUAAAUAAAUACUCAUCCAAGCUGGGGGAACAGCUGGCUAAUCUACACCUUCACAACAGUAGACAGAUGGAGAAACAAAAGAAAGAGAUGCAGACUGUUGGAAAAGUAUUGGAACAGUUGGAAGUUGUCGACAAGUUUGGGUUUCAUGUGACCACAUGCUGCGGUUACAUCCCCCUGGUAAAUGACUGGCAGGAUGAUUGGGUGUCUUUCUAUGCCCAGCAGAGGCUUCAGCACCAGCUUGGCAUGGUGGAGCAGUCAUACGGAGACAGAGAAGCACGUGAAUUGUGGGCCAAAUUACAGCUGAACCUCCAUCAGCUGUUUACUGACAUAGAGGUUGUGCCAGCUCUUCUCCAUGGAGACCUCUGGAAUGGAAACGUGUCAGAGUGCUCCGAUGGUCCUAUCAUCUUCGACGCAGCAUCUUUUUAUGGACAUUCAGAGUUUGAGCUAGCUAUCGCCGGUAUGUUCAGCGGCUUUGGGAGCUCCUUUUACAACGCUUACCAUGAGAAGAUCCCAAAGACUGAUGGAUUUGCAAAGAGGCAACAAGUAUACCAACUUUUUCACUACCUGAACCACUGGAAUCACUUUGGUGAUGGAUACAGAGGCUCUUCUUUGCGUAUCAUGAAGGAUCUUACCAAGUAGAUGGACUUGCCUAUAAAUCAGUAGCAUGACCAAUUUAAAUAUAACAAACAUUACCAGUGUGAUGGCAAACCUAAACAAGUGCUGAAACAAAAUGAUGAAGCUGAAUGUCUUUAAAGCUUUAAAGAAGCUAGUACAGUACAUUAAUGUACUUUCAUGUAACAUUCCCUACUGUGAAUUGCACUUUAACCUAAUACAGUAAAUGCGUUAAAAGAAAGCAUCUCUUGACUCAUAGCACCUUGAUUUAAAAUCUGAUGUGUAUAUUAUGUGUCUUUAAAUAAAAAAGAGAGAAUC